CACCUGUCAGGGGCAGCUCUAGAGAGCACAGGUGCGGCCGGUGGCUCCCGAAGCCAGCUCCAGCAUGAGCUCCUUCGACCUCCCGGCACCUUCGCCACCUCGGUGCAGCCCCCAGUUCCCCAGCAUCGGCCAGGAGCCCCCCGAGAUGAAUCUUUACUAUGAGAACUUCUUCCACCCUCAGGGCAUGCCCAGUCCUCAGCGCCCCACCUCCUUUGAAGGUGGUGGCGAGUACGGGGCCACCCCUAACCCCUACCUCUGGCUCAAUGGGCCAGCCAUGACCCCACCACCCUACCUGCCUGGCACUAACGCCAGCCCCUUCCUACCCCAGGCCUAUGGCAUGCAGAGGCAGCUACUGCCCAGCGACCUGGGCUGGCUGCCUAUCCCCUCUCAGGAAGAGCUCAUGAAGCUGGUGCGCCCACCAUAUUCCUAUUCAGCCCUCAUUGCCAUGGCAAUCCACGGUGCGCCCGACCAGCGCCUCACACUGAGCCAGAUCUACCAGUACGUGGCCGACAACUUCCCCUUUUACAACAAGAGCAAGGCUGGCUGGCAGAACUCCAUCCGCCACAACCUGUCACUCAACGACUGCUUCAAGAAGGUGCCCCGAGAUGAGGACGACCCAGGCAAAGGGAAUUACUGGACUCUGGACCCUAACUGUGAGAAGAUGUUUGACAACGGAAACUUCCGCAGGAAGAGGAAGAGAAAAUCAGAUUCAUCCUCCAGCACCGGCUCAUUGGCUUCAGAGAAAACGGAGAACAGUCUCCUGGCCAGCAGCCCCAAGCCCACAGAGCCUCAGGAGGUCUCAGACACUGCCUCGCCAGACACUACCACCAGCUCCCCAGAGAAGCGGUCCUCCCCUGCCCCCUCGGGCACCCCGUGUCUCAACAACUUCCUCUCCACCAUGACAGCAUAUGUGAGUGGGGCAAACCCCAUUAGCCGCUCAGUGGCCACACCAGGACUGAGCUCAGAGCCUAUUGACAAGAUGGGACAGAACUCACUGAAUUUCAACUCCUACACCCCACUUACCAACCUCAGUAGCCAUGGGAAUGGGGGUGAAUGGGCCAACCCAGUACCCACCAAUGCUCUGGGCUAUGGAGGCUCUGUCUUCAACCAGUUUAGUCCACAUUUCUACAACAGCAUUAACACUAACAGUACCCUCUUCCCCAGGGAAGGCACAGAAGUCUAGAGAUUAGAACAGCUUCUGUUCCACAGAGCUGUCUGGGGGAAAAGCAAUGGUGGUCCUUGAGACCAGACCCUCUAUGACCCCAAGAUUUGAGACGUUUGAACUUCCCAGAUAGCACCACAGGAAGCUUGGAAGAAUCUGUGCUCUUUCUAAACACCAUUCAAGCCUUCUGGCUGUCUAUCACACGUGAAUCUACACAGAUUUGAUAACUACAGUGGGCAUACUAGGAUCAGCUUGCCAUUAAUGAUGUGGCCGUUUGUUGAGCACUUACUAUGUGCUGGUUCCUGUCUUGGGCUUUUUAAUGACAUAGUCAUCCUGUGUACCAUCAUCCUUUGAGGGCCGCAUGAAUCUCUCCAAUUGACAGAUCAUAAAACAAAGGCCCAAGUUUUUCCAGGUUCAUGAAAAUAACAGAGAAAGACAUUAAAGCAGAGGCUGGGUGACCCUUGAAGGCUGGAUAAAGGGAAUCAGGGAUGGAUGGACUGGAUGAGGAUGUCAGCAUAAAGCUGGCUAUGGCAAAUGCAUGCACACUCCCACUGGCUUCUAGUGAUGCUCUCAGAAUUCAACACCAAUUUGGCUGCGACGUCUCCCCACCUGCCCUUUCUUCUCGCCCCAGGUAUUCUUGUACCUACCACUCAGGAGGGGAAGCCGAGCCCAAGUGCCCCUGUAGGACCAUGCCUCUAGAAGGUGCAAUACAGGGUAUCACUUCACUAGCCUUCCACAGUGAGACAAGUGGUAUGUACCCCUAAACCUCCACCUGAGUACUGCCCACCCACAAAAUCUGGUAAACACCAGCUUCCUGUAUAUAUGUUUGUGUCAUGUGAAGAUGUGGCUCAGCCUUCCAAGAGAAACAAGGUCAAAUAUACAGAAUAAGCAUGUUCUUUUUUUUAUAGCCCUGGAGAGGUGGAUACUUGUCUGAGAGAACAAUGGCCAGGAGGGAGGGGUCCUCUGCCUGCCCUGGGGGAGGGGGGCAGAGCGGCUGUGAGCACUGCUCGCUCCUCUUUGUGAGUUACUUUAUAUGGUUGCGAUGUCUUAUCACAGCACACUCUGAGAAGCGUUGUUUGGUUUUCUUAAUUUCUUUUUAAUUAAAAAAA